GUGGUAGGUGGUAGCCAAAAAAAUAGGUUAUGGGUUAUGUUAUUUUUGUCUUGUUUAUUUCUCAAUGUUACAGAAAUUUAUUGUUCUAGCUUAUUGUACUUAUAAUUAGUUUAAAAAUAAUAGAAAUAUGAUUAAAUCGUGCCCAGGUUCUACAGAUGUUACCGACCUACAAUUUAAAUUACAAUGUAGAUUGCAAAUUUUUCACAAUAAUGAUAUUUCAUUAUUCUUCAAUCCUGUUAGUUUAGUUUCUUGUGCGAGCCGAUAUGGUCUAUUAUUUGUAGGACGCACUGAUAAUAAUUUUGAAGUUUUACAAACUAAAAAUCUUCAGGAAUAUUCUCCCAAGGAUAAAGAGAUAAAGACUUAUCCAAGAAGAAUUGUUAAUAUUCCAUCCUUACCAAAACAUGUUUGCAUUAAUUGUGAUAGUACAGUUUUAGCAGUGGUGAUUGAAAAAGACCAGUGCCCUGUCGUCUUAUUCUAUGAUGUUUUGUCUUUUCUCAAAAACGAUAUUAAAGUUUUAAGAGAGGUUCGCUUAUCAUCAACUCCAAAUGUGUAUGUCAAGGAAGUUAACUGGAACCCAUCUAUACCGGGAAUAUUUACAGCAUGCAAAAGUGAUGGAUCUUUGGGUGUAUAUGAACUUAAAGGCGAAUCAGUAGAUAUUAAUGAGCUUCCAUCAGCAGCAGGUGCAACAUGUUUUUGUUGGAGUCCUAAAGGCAAACAAAUUGCUGUUGGCUCUAGGGAUGGUAAAAUAACACAGUAUAAACCAGACUUGAAAGCUGUUAAAGUUAUUGGUGAACCAAAAUUUGGAAACCCACAUUCUCUCAUUAGUUUACAAUGGGUUUCAAAUUACCAGUUUAUCGGGGUCUAUCAAGAGGUACCUGAAGGUGGUUCCCGUCUAGUAGUAGUUGAUGCUCCAAAAGCUGGUGAGCCUUCUUACACAAAUUACGAUGAUGUCUGUUACAGUGGUUCUUCACGGCCACCUCAAUUUUACCUUAAUUUUCAACAAAAUUGGAACUUUCUUAUGGUAGCAUCAGCAAAUGGCACUGAAGUAGGAGUAUUAGGAAACAAUGGGGAAUCUUGGAGACAAUGGAUUAUGCCUGAUUUUGCAAGAGCAGAAUUACCCUUAAGUUUAGAUUACCAAGAAACAUUGCCAGUUGGCUUGUCAUUAGAUAUUAGCUCUACAACUCCAUUACCAUGGGGUGAAUCUAGUAUACCACCAUGUCCUUUGCUUUGUGUCCUUUCUCAUCAAGGUGUUUUGUCUUGUUUCAAUGUUGUAUAUUUAAAAGAUGGUAUUCCAUCGGUGUGUACUCCACCAGAUUCUGUAGCAGAUCAAAGUGGGUUAUCUAAAUUUGUUACGUCUUCAAAUUCAGGACAAAGUGUUAUAAGUCAAGCCACUCCUGUUAAGCCAAUCUUUGAUACCCAACCUGUUAGAAGUUCUGUUGCCUCUACUCCAAAGCCAGUAUUUUCUUUUACAGCUCCAGUUCAAAGUACUCCUCUUAAUUCUGGAAUGACACUGUCAGAAACAUCUGCUCCAUUUCCUGAUCAAACAACUUUAACUCCUAUAAAAGGUUCUACAUUAUUUGGAGGCCAAACUUUAAUUACACCUGUAACAAAACCUACUGUAACUACUAGCUUAGCUCAAGUACCAGUUCAGGCUACUACUGCAACUUCAGUUGAAAAAACUUUACCAGCAAAUGAAAAAUAUUCUUCAAUUUUUUCUUCAUUGGGUGCGUCUAUAGCUCCACAAGUACCUGCUGCCGCUGCACCAGUGAAGCCAAUUGUAAUUAAUGCUUUUACACAGCCUAAGACAGAAGUCAAAGAGAAACCUACACCAGAAAUUGUACCUAAACAAGAUACUUUUAACAAGUUGAUACCCAAACAAGAGACAGAAGUGGUCGAUCCUGAUUUGAAAUUUGAAUCAUCUGCCAUGUUCAAUCAAAUGAUAAAAGACGAAUGGCUUAUUAUGGACACAGAACUAAAAGUUUUACUGAAGCAAUGUCUUAAGGUAAAGGUAGAUUGUGGGACUGAACAAGAAAAGGUUGAUAUGGUGCUUCAAAUUGAUAAUUUGGAGAAAUUUGUUAAGGAAGCUAUUGAUAUUAGCAUCGGACAAAGUAGCGAAAUACACGCCUUGAAACAAAGUUUGCUGCAAUCUUGGGCAUGGCUUGAAGAGGCCAGAUCUCAUUAUCAUGCUUCAAAAAAUGAGACUGUUGCUCUCCUUAUAAAAUUACAACCUCUUGAUUCAGUAGCUGAGAAAAAAUUAAAAGACAUAAAACAGCUGAUCUACUAUCUUGAAUCACAGUUAUCACAAGCCAGUAAAACCUUAGAUGAGCAAUGGGAUAACUUUCAGAAUUUUGCCAAAAAAAAAUAUCGGGUGCAAAUGCCUACAAUGGAAACAAUCUUUCAAACUAUGGUUAAUCAUAGUGCUGUUCUUCAGAAACAAACAUAUGUUUUAAAAGAUAUAGCAAUGCGUCUUAGAAAAAAACCUUCCGAAUCAACUUCUUUAUUACUGUCUCUUGAUAAAGCUAACGAAUUAGCUGAUAAUUUGAAAGAUCUUCAUCUCAGUACCCGCGAUGUGACAGAGCUGCAAUAUGAGAAAAUACGCCAUUACACCAAUUGUUUAACCGGUACUAAAAUCAACAAACUAAAAGAACUUGUAAAGCAGAGAGGGGUAACAGUUAUUAAGCCUCAGUUACCAUCUGCUCCUGUGAACUCAUCUGCAAGUAAAUUAAAAGAGUCAAUUGCAAAGUUGGGGGUAAACAUUACACCAGUUUCUAGAGCUGCUGUAGCCAGAAAUUUAGAUUUUACUCAAUUGGCUUCCCAAAAGGGAAUAAAAGAUGCCACACCAUCAAUACCAUUAGAUUCAAAAGUGUCAUCUUUAGGAGAUAAUACUACUCAAAAGUCGAGUUUUAUGUUUAAAUCUUCUUCAGUAACUUCAACAACAGGAUUUAUUUCUCUUGCAAAAACAGGUUCAGGCAUCAUUAGUACUCCAGGCAGUGCAUUUGCACCUACUGGGUCUAUACAGGGAGUUGAUAUUGCAAAAAGUCAAUCAAGCAUCAUAGGUAGUAGUGCAUCUUCAACUGUCUCUUUUAAUGUACCCAAAACGUCGACUUUUGCUUCAGGAGAUAGCAGUGCUUUCGUAGCUAAGCCUGUAGUAAGCAAUACAGCAAUGAAACUCCAGCCAAAAGUUCCAAAAGAAACGAUUGCUUCCCAAGGAACCCCAAGCUUUGGUUUUUCAUUUGGACAAGGAAGUACUCCUGUUACAACAAAAACAGUGGCUACAAGUUUAUUUUCCUCAACUCCAUCUAGUACUUUUAUGCUUACAAAAACUGAACCUUCCCAAAUGCACAUACCGGAUAGCAAGACUUCUAAUUCAAAUGCUUCAUCACAUUUGGUCAAACCUAUACAGACGCCACCCACCACAACAGCAAGUGAAGGCGCUUUUGGUUCUCAAUUGUUUUCUUUUGGUACUUCUAAGUCAUCUACUAUAGCGACCACGCCUAUCACAACAGUAUCGGCUUCAAUUACCCAACCAAUUAGUCUAAAGUCCACUAGCGCCACUCCAUUUAUAGGGGAAACACGUACUCCUAUUAGUUUCAAUCAAAGCGAAGCUCCCAAGCCAGCCCUUAGUUUUGGGUUCCCCGCUGCCUCUACCCCUCCUUCAUUUUCUAUCCCCAGUAUAUCAUCCGCAGUUUCUACUACUAGUACAUCUUCAGUAACUUCAAAUUCUGAGGCCCUUUUCAAACCCGCAAAUACAGUUCCCAUUAAUUUGACGUCACAGUCUUCAGAAAGUGCCAAGCCCACAGUCACAGAUGUGACAAAUUCCGGUUUAAAUAUUUUUGGUUCAUCUGGAAAACCUACAGCUGUUAGUGGUUCAAGUUUGUUCGCUGCCGUCAGUAAAUCUGCUGAAAACACGACUACUGUGACUCAGUCGUCCAUUUUUAAUACAAAACCUAUAGUUAUAAGUACAACACCGCAAGGAACAACAUCGGCGCCUUUCAGUUUUUCAACUUCAAGUAGUAAUGUGCCAAAAAGUACGUUCGGUAACGUAUUAGGUAGUACAGCCACGUCGCCAUUAUCCACUGAAAAUUCUGGAACUUCUACGGCAGCAUCCCCCUUAUUUGGAAACUUUACAUUAACAUCAGCAGCUCCAUCUUCAGUACCUGGAGGUCUAACAACUAGUACACCAUCAAUCUUUCAAAGCAGUUCAGAGAAACCUUCUCUCUUUCAACCAAGUAGCGUAUCUAGCUCUAUAUUUGGAUCUACAGUAAUAGCUAAAACAACUCCAGAACAACCAGUUACAACAGCAACAGUGUUUGGUGGUGUGGCAACAUCUACACAGCCUGAGAGUACUGCAACGGUGACCACUGCGUCUUUGUUUGGAAAGGUCGAACCAGUUACAACAACCAGCAUAUUUAACACACCAAAAACGAGUGCGUCUGUUUUCGGUGGUUCACCAAGUAUAACAGUCACUGCUACGGAAUCCUCGAAUUUUUUUGGUAGUUCCGCACCGGUGUUUUCACCUCCUGCAAUAACAUCUUCAACUGUGUUUAAUACGCCUCCAGAAAAUAUUUUUAGUAAUGCAGCCACAUCGAGCGCCUCUAAUAUAUUCGGAGGCACAACACAAAAUAGUAUUUUUAAUUCUCCUACCACUUCAACUCCAAGUAUAUUUGGUAAAAGUACAACAGCACCUAUUUCUAGUUCUUCAAGUAUUUUUGGUAGCCCUGCCACAACUGCGUCUUUUGGUUCGCAAAAUAAUUCAAUAUUUGUGUCAGCUGCAAAAAGUCCGCCCAGUAUUUUUGGUCAAUCGCCAGUUUUUGGAAGUUCACCUUUUAAUACGACGCAGCCUCAGGCGACUACUACCUCCGUAUUUGGCCAAUCAACGACAAAUGUUUUGGGAUUCGGCUCAACAACUACCACUUCAAAUAGUUUUCCCACAUCGAGCGCUUCGACGGGUACUUUUGGAUUCGGAGGACUUAAUGUUGGAAGUACCACUCCAUCUGGAAGUAUCUUUGGAGGAACGAGCACUGGGUUUGGACAAGCACCCAAUGAAAAUCCGUUUGGCAAAGUUGAAGUGAAACCGGCUUUCGGUUCGAGCAGUACAAGUAUAUUUGCUGGCGCUCCUUCAAAUACCGGGUCUGCAAGUAUUUUCGGUAGUCCAGCGACAACAAGUUCGAUCGGGUCUACAAAUGUUUUUGGUAGUCCGGCAACAACGACCUCCAUUGGAUCUACAAGCAUUUUUGGUAGUCCAGCAACCACUAGCUCCAUUGGUUCUACAAACAUUUUUGGUAGUCCAGCAACCACUAGCGCCAUUGGAUCUACAAGUAUUUUUGGUACUCCUGCAACUACCACUUCUAUAUUUGGUUCAAAUACUGGCUCAGCUUUUGGAAGUUCAGAUGGAAAUUUUGGUUCUCAAAAUACAUUUGCCAGUCCCAGUUUUGGCCAGAAGUCAGUUUUCGGACAAACUGCGACAUUUGGGUCUCCAGGCUUCGGCGCAUCUCAAACCGCUGGCGCUUUUAGUGCAGGCGGUGGUGGUUCCGUGGCACAGUCUGGAUUCGGAUCUCCAAGCUCUUUCCAGAAACCUACCGGCUUUGGAAGCCCGCCUGUAUUCGGAGGUUCUCCAGCUGCUGUUCCUGCCUUUGGAGCGGCACCAAGUUUUGGAGGCACGCCUGCGUUUGGAGCGGCACCUACUUUUGGUUCUCCAGAUAAGGUUUUUGGGUCUUCACAACAACCUACUGGAUUUGGGUCUAUGGCUACAGCACAGCCAAAUACCGGAUUUGGAAAUAUGUCUUCUCAGAAUACCAUAGGUUUUGGUAAUUUGGCUCAACAAGCCAAUACACCAACUUCCAUGCCAUUUUCAGGAGGCUCAUCAUUUUCAACUUGGCGAUGAACUGUUUCUACAUCAUCUAAAGAGAUUUUUAUAAUUUUUAAUAAAUAAGGAAGAAAAGAAACUAUGAUUAUUUUCAAUGUUAUGUAAUAAAUUAAUGUAAUACAUUGUUUUUAAAUAUAUGAAUACUAUUGUCAGUGCCA